GGGCGGGUCUCGGCCGGCGGAGCCACGCCCCCGGCGCAGGUCUCGCGACAGCUGGGCGAAUCCUCACCCGGGCGGAAAAUGGCCCGUCGCGGGCCCGGCGGACCCGCGAGCCUGGCGCCCUGCGCGGCUGCCCUGCUCCUCGCCCUGGGCGUGGAAGCGGCUCUGGCGCCCCCCGAGAUCUGCCAAGAGUGUCCCGGGAGCGUGCAAAACGUGUCCGAAGUGGCCCGUUAUUGUAAGCAGACGCCUGCGCUAAUGCUGCAUGCCCGCUGCUGCCUAAAUCAGAAGGGCACCAUCCUGGGGCUGGAUCUCCAGAACUGUUCCCUGAAGGAUCCCGGUCCACACUUUCCUCAGGCGCUCACUGCGGUCAUCAUAGACCUGCAAGCAAACCCCCUGAAGGAGAACUUGACCGACACCUUCCGUGGCUUCACCCAGCUCCAGACUCUGGUCCUGCCGCGGGACGUCAAGUGUCCUGGAGGAAUCAAGGCCUGGGAUAAUGUCACUGAUGGUAAAGAGAACAGAACCUGCCUGGGACAAAGGAAUCUUUGCAAUGACACCAGAGACCCAGCACUGUGUCCCGAGAACGGCUCCUGCGCGCCCAAUGGCCCAGGUCUCUUGCAGUGUGUUUGUGCCGACGGUUUCCACGGCUACAAGUGCAUGCGCCAGGGCUCUUUCCCACUGCCUAUGUUCUCCGGGAUUCUGGGAUCCGCCACGCUAGCCGUCUCCGCCGCGCUCUGGGGCACCCAGCGCCGCAAAGCCAAGGCGUCCUGAAGGCCCCCCUUCCCCUGGGCUUCCGCCCGAGAGCGCAUCUUGCUUGCGCUCGGCCCGGCCAGGGCGCGCUUCUUCCGCUUCUUCCGGGCUGCUUGGCAUCGCUGCCCGGGCGGGCGGAUCCUCGGGGCUGAGGCCGCCGCUGGAAGGAGGAGGGAAACGGGCAGCCCUGGAGCUCGCGGAGUCCGGGCGGGGCCGAGACCGAACCGGGACCUGGGACCCAUUGUGUGCCGUUUCAUUGUAAUAAACUCGUUUGUUUGGUUUCUUUA